GUCGCGGCGGUCGGUGGUGAGCCCCUCCGAGCGGCGAGAGGCGACGCGUGUGACCGGCCCGGCCAUGGCAGCUCACCGGAACUCACUGGCUCUCACACUGCUGCUCACCGCCGCCAGUCUCACGGACGGACGGAGACACGGGAACUACUGUCCGGUGUCUGUACAGCGGCGGGUCACCUGUCUGGUACAGAACGGUACGGAGGAGUACAGUGCCUCCGACUACUCAAAGUGUUACCGCACCGGAAACUGGAAUGACUGCCAGUUCGAUGUGAAGCGGCGCCGACCGCGAUACGUCACCUCCUAUAAGAUGGUGAAUGAGAUUCAGUACAAGUGUUGUCCGGGCUUCGAGGGACGGCACUGCAAUGAUGCCUGCUUCACAUGUGAAGACUUCAGUGACACUCUCAGUCGACUGAAGACGCUGGAGGCCUUCGUCGGGAUGAGGUCUCCCUCAAGCACCGCCAGCUCGAGCUUUCAAACGCCAGCGUAUUCAACCAGCGGCGGUGGCAGCAGUUCCGGCCUCGCUCCCGGAGAGGUGGCGGUGGGUGGACAGACGCGAGGGGACAUCCCCGCCGAGGUGGACGACAGACAGAGCCGCCGUCAGCCGGCCUGCGACUGUCCUCCGGGGCCGCCCGGACCUCCCGGAGAACCCGGAGCACCCGGAGCCGACGGCCGAGACGGUCUGCCCGGAGCGCAGGGACCACCCGGAGUACAGGGACCGCCCGGAGUCCGAGGUGCUGAAGGCAGGACUGGCCAGCCGGGGCCGCCCGGUCUGCCCGGACCCAGAGGAGCGCCAGGUCCCGCCGGCGCCGGGACCGUAUUACCGGCCGGAGCAGGAGCGGGAGAGCCAGGACCAGAGGGACCAGAGGGACCCGCGGGACCACCCGGUCCAGCCGGUCCCACCGGACCCGAGGGGCCGCCCGGACCGCCAGGUCUACCCGGUGCACCAGGCCUUCGGGGUCCGCCGGGCCCGCUGGGUCCCGAGGGUCCGGCCAGCGCGGCGGGCCCGCCCGGCCGAGACGGCCUCCCCGGCGUUCCCGGGGAGCGCGGGGCGCCGGGGGAGCCGGGGGUGGCCGGUCCCCCCGGUCCGCCGGGCCAGCCCGGCACGGCGGCAGCAGUGGAUGCACAAAGCGCCUUAGAAGCUGAACAAACUCGGGCGGAGGUGGCCAGUCUUCGUCAGCAGAUACAGACGCUGCAGUCACAGAUCGACCAGCUGCAGGAAUCGGUGCGCACACUGGCCGAUCUGACCAGCGGCGGCGGCAGUCCGAUUGGCACCGUGCCCGAAUCAGACGACGAGGACCUGGCCGGCGCCGGCAGCGGACAGUUCGGCGACUACGGCGACUACGAGGACUACAACUUCGACGACUACGACUACGACUACAGCAGCGAGCAGCGCCGGCGGAGGAAGAAACGGCAGCACAUUGGACUAAAGACGGCACCGCGGGGAAGAAAAGACACUCCCGGCAGCGCCUCUAGACGCGCACUAAACUCGGUGCGGGUUAGGAAUGCUCUACGCAGAGGAAAACUAGGCAGGAGGGGAGCUAAGGCGUAAUAACAACGAGAAAAAGUGAGAACCUUCUCGUAUCUGCGUCGCCGCGAAAUGGACUGCUCGUGUGCGGUAACCGAUGUCUCAACUCACUGCCAAUUCGACUGCAUUGCGUCAGUCGAUCCCUGUGCCUCUUUCGUCAGUGGAAGUAAAAUAUGGCUAACCCAUUGUUUUUAUACACGA